GGGCAACUUCACUUUUGAAGAUGGUGGACACCACGUCGCCGACCGCGCCGCCGUCGGCCCCCAAGACCAAGCUACGAGCUUCUGCGCCGGCAUUCGUUUUCUCGGCGAACGCUCCGGUGUGGCAGCCUCCAUCCUAUGCUGCAACGCCGGUCGUUGCCGCGGCGCCGCCUGCCGGCCCGAUCUUGAAACCAACCGCGAAAGAAUUCGUUCCAUCGUUCUUGAUUCCUGCUGUGCAGCCAGCGGCUACGACGACCGAUGUCGCUCCCGUUGUCGAGCAACCAGUUGCGGCCAUCGAGAAGGUGUCGAUUGUUGUUGCCGACGACGUCAAGCCGAAAGAGGUUGUGGUGGCAACGGCCCCUGUUGCAAAAGCCGAACCAGAAGCUGAAUUUCAUCCGACGUCCCCGGUGUCUGCAACGCCCAGUGACACCACGUCGACUAGCUCGUCGAACUCGACGCCGACAAAGGAACCUGUCAAGAGCGAGGGGUCGCCCACCAAACAGCAGCAGCAGCAGCAGCAGCCAGCCAACACGACCACGGAGCCGUUGUCCCCAACCUCUCGCAAACGCCGAAUCAAGUACACGUUGGCAGAAAUGCUGUCGAUGGAGCCCGCGACGUGCCCUGUCCCUGCCGGUCUGGUAAUCUGCGUGGCCGAGCCAGGCGUCGUGCUGGCGAACCGUCAAGCGUUCAAGGAGUCAAAGGGCGACAGCCACCACCGCGGCAGCGACCGCAAGCAGCACAAGAGCGGAAAGAAGCACCACAAGCAUCACAAGUCGUCGUCGACUGUGGCGGACGAAGAUUUGCCGCCAGUCAAACCGCUCAGCAUCAACGAGGAAACGCGGUGGAAGCCCAAGGACCACAAAGCCAAGGCAAACGCAACCUUGACGACCGAUGAGUACCUGGCGCAAGUCCAGUCCAUUCUCAACAAGCUGAGUGUGGAAAAGUUUGAUCGGUUGUCGGACCAGCUCAUUGACGUUGCGGUCAAGAGUGUGGACGUACUCCAAGGCGCGAUCGACAUGGUGGUGAAGAAGGCGCAAAUGGAAUGGCACUUUUCGACCAUGUAUGCCGAAUUGUGUGCCAAGGUGACGCGCACGGCGAUGCCAUUGAUCGAGGUCAGCGCCGAGAACGGCGAAGCCGAAGCGGUCAGUGGCGCCAAGAUGUUUCGGUCGCUUCUGCUUGCACGGUGCCAAAAGGAAUUUGAAGUGUCGGCGCUGCAAUCCACGGCGACGGUCGUCGAUGCACCGACCGAAGAUGGCAGUGCCGCGGAAGCCGAGAAGCAGCUCUUGCUCAAACGCGCGACUCUCGGACACAUUCGCUUCAUUGGCGAGCUCUUCAAGCAAGGCCUGUUGUCGUCGCGCACGAUGCACGAAUGCAUUCAACGUCUCUUUGGCAACACGGACAAGCCGGACGAAGAAUCGCUCGAGUGCUUGUGCAAGUUGCUCGCGACCGUCGGCCUCCGCCUCGAAGGCCGCGCCGCCACUGUCCCCCAAGAAGCGGCGCUCAUCAAGCAGUACUUCGACAUUAUUGCGACGUUGAGCCAAGCCAAGGACAAGCUGUGCACCCGCGUGCGAUUCAUGCUGCAGGACUUGAUUGACAUGCGCGCCAACAAAUAUGUGUCUCGCCUCAAGGAAGCCAAGGCGACGACGAUUGCCGAGGUACACGCACAAGCCGCGCGUGAAGAAAAGCAGAAAGCAUCGUCUGGCGGAAGCUUUGCCCCCAAGCCCAAGCUCGCCAAGAGCCAGAGCAUGGCGCAGCUCUCGCAGCCGCCGUCUCCCGCCGCGCCGCCAUCCAAAGACGGAUGGGAAACCGUGCCAGCCAAGGUCAAGCUUGUCAAGAGUGCGUCGGCGGAUAUCCGCACGCUGCACCCGCCUCGAUCGGACAAGCGCAUUGACGAUAGCCGAGGCAAGGCGAAGCUCCAUCGUGGGUCGAUCGAACGCGAUCGCCGCAGCUCGUUGGAUAGCCGCGAUGGUCCUUUUUCAUCCCGUCGUCCGCCUGCCGUGCCUCGUAGCAACGGCCCCCGCAACACCCCGCCGUCGCCGGAGAAGCGUGCGGCACCGACGCCCGCGCGUACCGAAGAAGACUUGAUCAAGGUCGCCAAGCGUAUGUUCAAGGAGUAUGUGGCCGAACAGGACUUGGCCGAAGUCCAAGCGCAGCUGCAUGAUGCUCUCGUCCACACACAGGCAGUGACGUCGACCAUUCUCAACUUUGCGCUGGAUCAAAAGGAAGCGGAGCGCCGUGCCGUGGGGCCAUUUCUGAACGGACUGGCGUCGGAAGGGCUCGUGGAUGCGGCAGGCAUUGCCGCGUCGCUGUUUGAGAUUGUCGAAAUGUUGGACGAUAUCGAGAUCGACAUCCCCAAGGCCGGCAUCUACCUCAGCCACAUGGUCGCGCCGCUGCUUGUCGAAGGCGUCCUCGCACUGGAACAUAUCGACUUGACCCCGCUGCCUCCCGCCAAGCAAGCCGUCAUGAAGAAGCACUUGGCUCAAGUUCUCAACGAGUUGGAAGUCGUGGAUGCCGCCCUGACGGACUUUAUUCAAGCGCACAACGAGUAGAUUGGGUGUGGUCGCCAGAUAGAGGAUAGACAUAGUGGAUAAGAUUACGAUUGUUUGGCAUGAAGAUGGACGAGGCGUUGAAGUGGCUGUACACUCGAUGGGACAACUGACUGGCAAGUUGCUGGCGGCGGUCGCCUUGAGCAAAGAAUGCUGCUCCAGGAGCCGACAGACUACGCCCCAGGAAACGGCAUCGC